AUGCGUCACUGGAUUGUCUGUCUCCUUGUCUACACUGUCUUGAGUCUGGCCGCCACUGACGCCUCGUUGGAAUCGCGAUGCGUUGUCGACACAGUCGCCCCGCGGGCCUCAACAUUCGUCGGAACUGUUACUGCGCUCACAGAAGACGCUGGCGGGAACACCAAGGUCACGAUCCGCAUCGACCAACUCCUCCACGACCCGAAUUUUCUCCUACAAAGACAGCCUCCGCUUGUGGAAGCCUAUCUACCAAGUCGACUGUGUAUCAGCCAAGCCAAGAUUGGAAUUUCAGAGACUUGGGCUUCCACCUACGAAUGGGUCGGCAACGAACUUAAACUUGUUGCCCGAAUCCUUCGAAACCAACGUGGAAUUUACGGAUCACCAAGUCAUCAGGAGGACCCCUGUUCGCGGAAACAGUGUCAUCCAGGCGCUGUUUGCGAGGCGUGGAAUGACGCCGCACUGACUCGAGUCGCAGUCUGCACCUGUCUGACCCCCAGCGCUCUCAACUCCGAACGAAGGUGCGGUCUGAGCACGGGUGAGGUGUGCGCGUCCAACGGCCUCAUAUACGCCAGUACCUGCCACAUGCUACACGCCGCGUGUCUUCAACAAGCCACCCUAACCAUUGUCUCGUGGACUGCGGUCAAUCAGCGCGACUGCCAACAGCAAGCUGAACUAGCGAUCCUUCGAAAAAGUCGACAGACGCCGGUUCAACAGCGGCCACCACCACCGCCUCAAACCAAACCCAAGGUCGUAGAUGAACUCGGUGACAAGCCACAACAAGAUGGCUUCUUUCAGGGCAACCGGGAACCAAUCGGAGGCCUUGGAGCGAAGCGAUUGGUGGAGAAGGAGCCCCAGUGCACUCCGACGUGCUCAUUGGUUACCGUUCAACCGGUGUGUGGCAGCGACGGCAACACUUACCUUAAUCCCUGCCUCCUUAAACUGCGCGCCUGCUUUGCAAAGCAGAAAGGCAGUCGUGAUGACGAAAAUCUCUUCAUCCAACAUUGGGGCUAUUGCCCUGCCAGACUCCCUGACGUGGAGCCGAUCUUUUGUGACUACGCAAACUACUGUAAAUAUGGUGCAUCGUGCACACCAACUAUCCCCGCGAACGCCAAUCCCUACAAUUCUGCGGUGACGACGAUGCGAUUGGAUGGAGAGCGCUCGAUUUGCAGCUGCGACCACUUGCGUUGCUCAGCCAGUUGGUACAGAGAACCAAUUUGCGGCGACGAUGGCGUCACAUAUCCGGGGGAGUGCUUCCUCGAACAAGCUGCGUGUCUUCAGCAGACGCCUAAACGUCGGCUCCACAACGGCCCGUGCAAGACUCCUCCUGAAGGCGACUUUCGUCAGCCACGCUGCGUCUGCCAUCAGACCUGUUUCGAUGUUGGCGACGCGGACGACGCCGGACCAGUUUGUGGGUCGAAUGGCGUUACCUAUAAGAGCCUUUGUCAUCUGAGGCGCGAGGCUUGCUCCAUUAUGUCUAAUAUUACUCUUAAAUAUUCCAGCCAAUGUGAUCCGUGUGACUCGAUUUCGUGUCCCAUGGACACCGUCUGCCAGCUGGACCAGCACAGACGACCUGUGUGUCGAUGCGGUGAGGAGUUGUCGCAGUGCAACACGUCCACAAAUACCACCGCUGAUGUCAACGCCAUCUCCAAGCCAGUGUGUGCCAACGACGGUAGAAUGUACGCAAACGUCUGUGUCAUGCGACACCAAGCCUGCUUCAACAACCAGCAUCUUCGUGUCAUCUUUGACCACAACUGUGCUGCUGGUGUCAACCCCUGUCUGGAGCAGAGCUGUAAUUGGCCAGGCGAGCAAUGUCGGGUGGAUAUUCAAGGUCGGCGGUCUUGUGUGUGUCCAGACAGCUGUCCGGCCAUCGUGGUGCCGGUCUGUGGAUCCGACGGGGUCACCUACGACAGCAUCUGUCACCUCCUGAGAACGGCCUGCCUCAACAAGAAGUACAUCUGGGUCGUCUACGCUGGACAGUGCUCUACAUCAAACAACGAGUGUGAACGCAACGGUCUGCACUGCCGCGGCUUCGAGAUCUGCACCAUCGAAACGACCCAGACGAAUCGCGACAGAGCCCUGAAUUACGUCGGACCAACCCUAAAAUGCGGCUGUCCAUUUUGUCCGGAAGGAGGCCUCGGUGGGAAGGUGUGUGGCAACGACGAACGCACCUAUCGCAGCGAGUGCCACCUACGUGCGGCCGCCUGUCAUAGUGGUCGACUACAGCUCAAGGUCAAACAGAGGGGAUCCUGUGAUGCCUGUCAAAAUAAGGUGUGCCACUUCUAUUCAAUUUGCCAAACCGACGAAGCGGGUCGUGCGUUUUGUGCCUGUCCAACCAAUUGUCUGAUGGUCAACAAGCCGGUGUGUGGGUCGGAUGGAAGGACCUACGAAAACGAGUGCCUCCUGAAGGUUCACGCGUGCUCCAUUCAAAAGGACAUCCAAGUUGUCGAUUCGAAGCCUUGUGCCACCUGUUCGAAGCCCUGCCCACUGGGAAUGCGUUGUCUAGACGGCGAGUGCGUGUGUCGCGAAAGUUGUCCCAAACCGGGUCUGCCUGGAGAGGUUUGUGGAACUGAUGGACGCAUCUACCCCAGCGCCUGUGAACUCCGCAGGCAGGCCUGUGUCAAGAAGAUCACCGUCAAGGUCGAUGGCUCGGGCAUCGCGUGUCGAAAGGCCUACGCCUCCACCGCCAACUCCUCCACCAACGUCGAUAUUCAAGCUGACGGCGUCUCGGAGAACGGAUGCGGCUGCAACAAAAUUGGCUCCAGAGACCAAUUCUGCGACCACAGGGGUCGAUGCCGGUGUCACUGGGGUGUUGAGGGUGCAAAAUGUGACCAAUGCGCUGCCGGCUAUUGGGGCAUCUCCAAUGGCAAACCUUGUGUCAAAUCGAAAAUCAAAGCUCCUGAUGCCGCCAUUUUGCCAAAACCGUCACUCCAUGGAAACGACGUUGGCACGAUGCUUCAGGGAAUCCACAUGACGCCCAUGGCCACUGCAGUUAUUCGCUCAACUCAGCCAAUCACCUGCCCGCUCACUCUCAGCCUCAAUUUCACGCCUUCUGCUAGCGUUACCGCUGGCAACGUAGCUCUCCUUACCGUUCCCAGCGCCACAGACGUCUCUCAGUAUCACUUCGUCAAGGUGGCGAUUGCACCUGGGCAGAUAGAAUUGAGUUACGUGAAAGACCUCGCAAGCGGCAAGGUCACGCAGGUCGUUGGCAAGCACAAACUGGAGCCACGUCCACACAUGGUGUCAGCCAGGGUGUCAACUGACGACGGAUUGGUUCUUGGGGUUCUAACUUCUUCCACCUUCGAGGUAUACGACGAUUCGCGCUCAAGGUUGUUGAGAUCGGAUGAAUACGGUGAAUUGUUUAAUCAUCGAGAAGGCGGGCUCGUGAUUGGCUGUCUUUCAUCAGGAAGCGCGCGUGUUCCUAAUUGCGGAUUUUCGGGCUGCUUGACUGGAGCAGAAGUGACCUCAGGUGGAGUCGACGCGGGAUCCAACAUCCAAUAUUUCGUCGUGGACGGCAAAGCCAACCUCACAUGGACAAAGUCGCCAGAUGACGGUGUUCAGGAGUGUCUUGCUGAGGUCCUCCACAACGAACCGACGAAGUUGAAACCGCAGACCUUGUUUCAUUGCAAAUUGAACAAUCCCUGUCGCAACGGCGGUCAGUGCCUGUCGACAUUUGACGAAGGAUUCUCCAAGUGUGUCUGCGUGCCUGGUUGGCAGGGCAAAUUCUGCGAGUCAGAAGCCACGAUUAUUCCCGAAUUCAACGGCAAAGCCUUCAUACGUCUCGCCGGUCCAUCAGGAUCUGAUGCUCUGCGGAAGCGCAAAUUCAAGAUGGAAAUCACUUUUCUGCGCACAGCCGACGAAGGCAUUAUGUUCGCCAUUCCGCCUAGCCAAUCAGAAAGCGAGUUCGUUGUGGUUCGAGCCGACGCCGAUGGCUGCGUCAAGGUCUACCUGCGAGUCGGCAGGAUUAAUAGGUUUUCGCGCGCCUACUUCUACCAAUGGCUACUGGUGCACUUUGGGCCGCAAAAACGAUUGGCUAUCGCCAAGGUCUGUUCGGUCAGCGAGUCGGCUUGGCAUCGUCUAACGAUCGACAAGAAUCCCCUCCACUUAACUGUUCUGCUUGACGACAAACCGGUCACCAGCGUUAAACUUCUGCCACAAGGGCUGCCAAGGCUAAACCGGGAUCUUCGCAGAGCGCUAACGAGUUUCGAUUUGUCGAAAAGUCCCGUCUACCUUGGUGGAAUACCAGACGAAGAGAGUCGAUUCCUCGAUGAUGUUGUCCCAGCCAAGCAAACGUUUGUUGGUGCAAUUCAGCAGGUUACAAUUAACGGCGCAGAGUUGGUGUUAGCUGGACCACCACGGGAACCAGAUGUGGUACAAAGAGAUCACCAACUGGAGCAUUGGGAGAACACAAUCCAAUGGCAGGGACCUCCGUGUGGCGAGGGUUAUUCCACGUGUGGAAACGAUCCGACCUCACCCAAACGCAUUUGCAGGCCUUUAGGAGGGGAUCAUGAGUGUGCGUGUUCAACGCCACUGCAGCAUAUGUCCUUCGUUCGCCGUCUAACCGCCACGAAGCGCGGAACGGAUCUGCUGAACGACGUGGAGGCUCAACAGGCGAUUUCAGCAGAAGCCGAAGAAAUGGCCUGUGACGCGAUCAGGGCCAAAAUAGGCAUCCAAUCCAAAGACGUGCAACACGACGUACCUAACAAAGAUGAUGACGACGAUGAUUUGGUAAAAUCCUUCAACAAGCGGCCACUAAGUGAGCCGAUUUCGCCGCCAACCAGCCGUGAAGAAGCAAAAGAUGGUGACGCGCGUUUUCGUGCAGCUGUGAACUUUGAGGAUUCCACGCUUAUCAAAUAUUCUGGCCUCAUUAGAGGAGUGGACAUGAUGGACAACGUGCGAAUCGAACUGAAAACUGCUGCACCCAACGGCCUUAUCUUCUUCCUCCCCGGUGACAGUCAAAAGUUUGAGGAAUUUCUUGCUCUUUCUCUAAGCAACGGACGACCAGAAAUCUAUCUCAGCUUAAUAGGAAACACGCAGACCUCAGUUCGCAAUCGUGAAAACACAAGUCUUGAUUCGCGGAAGACGCUCAAUUUGAAAUCUGCGCCCUACGUAGCCGACGGUAGAUGGCACAUUAUUCAGGUGAACAAGGGUCGUAUUAGCUUAAUUGUGGACGAUCAAAUGGUUUCUGGCGAACUCGUUGGCACAGACGGCAUUUUAAACAACGUAGGCGACCUCUGGUUGGGUGGUUCUCUUGCACCAAUCAGCGCGUUGCCUUGGCAAUAUCAAAGGAACUUUACUGGUUGCAUAUCGGCUCUCUUUGUGUACGAGGUGUCAAUCGAUUUGUUGGGGAGAGCUGAUUACCUCAACGGGCCGAUUUUGCCAUGCACCUGA